AUGUGUAAAUUCCGAAUCUCCGUCAUGCUUUGCCAAUGCUCAGACCCGGCCUGCCUCAGUAGAACAGAAGACCUGGGCCAGCUCGAAAGCGAAGUGAUGCAGCAGCAUGGCGGCCACAUCCUCUGGAUUAGCACGUAUCUUAGAGAAGGCCCUCUGUGCUUGGAUUCUUUCAUCAACGAAGACCCCGAUCGACUAGUCGUCAGGUACGGUAUGGAUCCGACCAAUGGCAACAGUAAACAGGAUUGUAAGAAUCGCGCCAUCAUCAUCGAUCCAGCCGUCAAGAGAUGCAUCAUCAUGUGUAAUCCUUGCAAGGCUUACUGCGAGCUCGGCCCACCUUCGUCAGGCUCCAUCAAAAGUCAGGAAGAGUAUAUAGACUUUAGUCGUGUUGACGAAGAGAUAUAA